AUGGAAGUGGAGGAAGAGGAAUCCUCUUCGUCCUCCUCGGAGUACCUUCGAAGUAGGAGUGAAUUCCUCAGCCACCUUCAUCUGCGGCCCAAGACUGACGACCAGGUUCAAGAAGAAAGGCCGAGGACUCACUUCACUCGGAGCUGCAACCGGGGGGAACUGCCAGAGACGGAGGAAUCGCCUGGGAAUCCUCGAAACGAGUCUCCGAUCCGAAACGAAGAAUUGUAUCUCCAAGCGGAAUUGGAUCAAGAAUCCUGGCGAAUUCUGGAUCUGAAGUGCAGUGAUCGUCCGCCUGAUCCACCCCUCGGAUUCACGACCAAGUUGAAGCUUCGAAAGACGGCCCGAGGGUGGCAGGCCGAAGGUAUCAACAGCGAGGACAACAAUAGUGGUGCUCGCAAAUUGCGACGGAAGUGGUUCAAGAAACGGAAACGGUGGAAGGAGGAGAAGAAGUUGAAGCGAAUUCUCGGAUCUAGUCAUCGGCAUCGUCGGCAUCAUCGUGAUAGGGAUCGUGAGGGGAGUUCGGAGAAAUCGGCGAAGGACGAGGAGACGAAGACGAGGAAUAGGGAGGAGGAGGUGGACAGUGGGAAUGCGACUGUGAAUGCGAAUGCAACUGAGGCCAAAGUUUCCCUGCCGCAGUUCCAGAAGGGAGCAACGCGGAAAUUCGACCGACCGGUGGCGAUCGUCCACGCGAGGCGAUCGUCUCCGGAUCGCCCCCCAUCCUCGUCUGUGACUUGUGAUACGCCCCCCAUCUGUGGAGACGAGGAAUCGGAUCAUCAGAGUACGGAAUCGACGACAGAUUCUCUGCUGAAAUCCAUUCUCGAAACGAAUCCUUCGUCGUCGGAGGGACGGAGCAUCCUGCAGGACUUGUUGGCGAAACCCCCUCCGUUGAAGACAGAGGGAGAGGGAUCUGACGAAUCCACCUUGUUGGUCCCUCGAACGUUGUUGCCUGCUCUCUUGUCGUGUCCUCACUUGUACCUGGAUGAGGUGGUGUCUUGCCAGGCGGCUCUCGUGUCACAGGCGGCCCAGAAUCCAAAUCUGUUGCUUCAAGGUGCCCUCAUGAUGCUCCCGCAGGAAGUGUUCCCUCACCUGUUGAAGGACGGGACUGGGGUCCUACAGACGAUGUUGAAGGCCUCCGACCCCGUCCACUGCAUCUCCUCCUUCACCCAAGACUCGGGGGGAAGUGUAGUGUACAGACCCAGCAGAGAACCCGAUAAGUACUCCAUCUUGAAGAGUUUCUUGAGGAACGACCACGAAGAGGAGAAACCGGCGGAGAUCAGGGUGAAAUCGGGGCAAGAACUCUUUCAGACCUCACCCCCUCGUCAUUGGGAAUCCCUAUCUGGGACCGGAGGAAAGGGAGAAAAGGUAAAACGGAAGCGGUUCCACUUGGACGCCAUAGUGGACAACCUGAAGCGACGGCGACAGCUUCAGGAGGAUGAGGAGUUCGGGCGGAAUUCUGGCAUCGAUCCUGGGACGGCUAUGCGAUUACGUCACAAGAUCCUGUCUGCUCGAGUCCCGGCCUUAAUCCCUCUCUCCGCAUUCCACGCCAAGGACGACAAGUGA